AUGUCGAAUAGACUAAGAUUCCAACUAAGGAGUGUGCUUAUUUUAUGGAAUACAUUACUUGCAUUGUUUUUCAUUUUUGGAUUUAUUAGGAUGAGAUCGGAAAUAUCUUACGUAUUACGCCAUUAUGGAUCUUAUUAUAGUAUUUGUCUUAGCAAAGACAACGUCCUAUUCCAGACAGAACGGCACGAUGAACUUUUUCACUCACAUUUGGAUGUAUUAUACUUUAAAAGCAAUACGAUUCAAUCCACUGAAGUGGAUAAUCAUGACCAUCAUUACGCUAUGGAUCGGGCAAAUAAUUUAGGAUUCCUAAUUAUUGUAACUCAUAAUUAUGCAAGAAGCGGUGAAGUUGAGUGUUCUGUUACGCCCAAAUCGGUCUGCUGAUGUACUUCAGGUAUUUCAGUCUCUAUGCUAGAUUUUUCAAAUAGAAAUAAUUGCUCAAGAAACAUAAAAAGGAAGUCAAGAAGAAAAAUGAGAUUGACGAUAGGCUCAAAGUUAACUAA